GCUGAUGAAGACUUUUGUUUAUUUAGUUUAUAUUAAUUAACCUUUUAAAUUUGAGAUCGGAUUCAUUGCUUAUUGCCAAUUAACUAACUAACAUAAAGGCCAUAAAGUCGACACAAAGACCAACUAAUUGGAAGUCUUUCAUAACUUUUGACUUGACGGUUUUAGCCCGAAAACAUCUGCUUUUAGACAGUCACUACAACAGGGGGCGCAUUUUCUUUUACACGACGUUCGGACUGACCCCUGCCCUGCUACCGUCAUCCGACCCUGACGAGCCUCACGCUUUCCAACUGUGACCUCAGCUUGGCUGGUCUGGUGGCAAAUAAAUCGAAAUACAGGCGUAAAAAAGCAUCGCUUGCUUCGGCGUAUUUUCCAGCGACUUACUCGCCGUACACAUCAAAACUUGACGAGACAAGCAAGGAGCGGGUUGCCCGAAACCAUGGCCGCAAUCGAGGAGCUUUCCACUACUGCGGGCCCGGUGUCUACUCGGCCUCUAGAAGAUGAGAUAGACGACGACGAAGAUGAAGAUCUGGAUGAGACGCUGGUGGAGAGGUUGUGGGGUUUGACGGAGAUGUUCCCCGACAAAGUGCGCUCAGCUGCCGAAGUGUCCGCUCAGUGUUCUGUGUCAGUGGCUAAGAAGUUAUACAGCUUUUCCCGCUCCGCGCUCUGGGUGGGCACCACCUCCUUCAUGAUCUUGGUUCUGCCUGUUGUGUUUGAAACGGAGCGGCUACAGCUGGAGCAGCAGCAGUUACAACAGCAGAGACAGAUCCUUUUAGGGCCCAAUUCUGGGAUGUCUGGUGGGAUGCCUGGAAUGAUGCCUCCUGCGCCUGGCAAAAUGUGAUCACUGGGUUUUUGGGACGUCAACCUGCAAUCUGCUGCCAGCAACACAGCAGGGUCAUCCAUUAGUAGAGACAGAGAGACCAUGGAGAAGAGCAAAACCGUGCAGAUGUUUUGUUUAACAAAAAGAGGCUGUGAAUGCACAACACUGCAAUAGGCUCACUCCAACAUAUUGUUUUGGUAAUUGGAUCGGAAGAGGAGAGCGUGAUGUUUAAAGCAUCUCUCUCACUGUUUCUCCUUUAUUUCCAUUGUCAUACAGAGACUGUUUUCAAGGAGUACUGCUUAUGUCAUUUUUUCCUUUGUUUUUUUAAAGAUACUUCUGUUAGCAUAAAUAAUGUGUUAAUGAGAGGAUAGAAGGUAAAAGUACGACAAAGAAGAGAUGUGGAGGUUGUGUGUCUUGGUGUUUGCAAUUUGAACUAUACAUAUUUCUGGCAGUUCUGUCCAUCUUUAUACGGUUUUUGGAUUUAUGUGGAGAAUAAUGUUAUGUCCGAAUAUUUGACAAGUGGAGCGGCUGUAAACUUUUAAAUGGUUGACAGAGGAGCCUUUUGUGGUUCCAAACACUAAACAUAGCUCUUAUAUUGUGAAGUGUUUUUCUGUCUGCAUUCAUUAUGAGUCAUUGUAAUAUGUGUCCAUGUCUAAGUGCAAUGCCUCUCUUGAAACCUGCCACUGUUAUAUAUUUUUUAAAACUGUUCCCGCUUUGGGAAGUUAAGUAACACAUUGCAACAAAAGCAGACACCUCUUUGAUGACCAUCUUAUUAUGACACAUCCAGUCUUAAGGGACGAUUUUUUUUUCCUGUCGUCAUUCUCUUACACUGAAAACAAAUCCAUGUCAUUGCUUUUUCUAAAACACGACUGCAAAAAUUAAAACACCAAAUGAAAGAGAAUUACUUGCUUUUUUGUGGAAAUAGUUACGUAUCAUAUCACCAAUUACUCAACUGCCUACACUGUAUAAACUUAGCAAGAAAAGUCAAAUGUCAAUUUAGAUUUAAUAGCCUUUUCUUUAAAAAAACCAACAAAAUCAGUCAUCUUUAGUUUGAAAAUAAUUUGGCAGAAUUAUGAUCAUAAUUUACAACACUCCCUUCGUGUUAAACGAAUAAAAAUCGUAAUUGACCAAAUAGUUGUACGUGAAUGACGGAAUGAAAAAAAUAAAAUGUUUUACCAGUGAAGCGUACAUUGCUUCUUGCA